UAUAUUUUUAGCUCCUUUGUACAAGCUUAAACUGCAUAAGUCAAUACCAUGGUCGAAGCUAAAAACUCAUAAGUCUGUACCAUGGUACAAGCUUGAAAUUCAUAAGCCUAUACCAUGGUACAAGCUAAAAAUGCAUAAGUUUCUAAAAAAAAUUCGAAAAAAAAAAAACUCUUGUGAUCGAAGACUCGACCAUUAUGUAGCCUACGACGUGAUGGUAGUGGCCGGUGAUGGUGGCCGGAGGUGGUGGUCGGCAGUGGUGGCCAGCGGUGGUGGUUAGAUUUGGGCCGGGUACAUGGGUAAAUGUUGAAUGAGGAGGUAAAUAAAGAAGGUCAUAUGGGUAAAUAAAUUGGGCGAUUUUGACUAAUAUGUGUCGGUAAAUAGUAAGCCCCUUUAUAUAUUAGAUACUCCGUAUAUAUAUUAGAUUUGGGGUGAUUAUACAACAAGAAAAGACAACGAUUGUAAAACCCUAAAAGCUCUGGUCCACAGAAAUCACCCUAAAAAAAUGGCGGAAACUCUCUCAAAUUGCGGCAAUUGCACCAAGAAUUGCAGCACUAACCAUGGAAGCAGCAGUGGUGGUAACAAUUGUGAAGAAUUAGACAGAAUAUCUUCACUCCCCGACGCCCUUUUGGUCGAAAUUCUGUCUCUCCUACCUCUUAAUAACGCCGCCGCUACCUCCGCCUUAUCUCACGGGUGGCGCCACCUCUGGACCCAACUCUCCGAGCUCUUCGUGGACGGCUCUAAUUGCUCUCAAGUGGAUCACAUCCUCCAGCAGCUCACCUCCCCGCACAUACAAAACUUCUAUCUUUUCACCUGUAUCUCAAGUGUGGAAUCAUCCCAACUUUUCUCUGUGUCAUUGAAUUCAUGGAUUCCUCUAAUUUGCGCCCGAAAUGUGGCUAAGUUCAAGUUAAUCCUUGAUUCUUCUGUUGCGAAUACUACAAAGGUGAUCAAGAUCCAAUACCCGUGUACUUGUUAAGUAAGCUCAAGUGCAUAGAAAUAUUGGAGGAGGUGGAGGGCAAUGAGGAGAAUUCAUGUAUUCCAAAAUUGGUAGAUUACAUUCUUAGUAAGGAAAAUGUCUUAAAGAGGCUUUAUAUUUCCUCUUUUCGCAACUUUGAUGAUGGUGAUGACUGUAGAAGACGUCAACUAUGGGGGGAAUACGAGAUAUAUAACAUGUUGGUCAGGGUUCCAAAGAGUUCCCUACCUAAUGAGGUAGAGUUUGUUGGACAUUACAUCCGUGUGUCCCGUCAUGAUAAGUCUCAAACUGGAUUGAUUGUUACCUUCAAAUAUUAGAAUCCUGCAUGAUUACAUCUGGUUACACAUCUGACAAUCCAAGAAUGGAAGGCAAGUCUUAAACUCAUGAAUAAAUGCAUCAGCAUAUAUCAAUUCCUGCUCUCUAUGAAUUCUCAUGAAUGGUUGCUGUCAACCUUAGUUUUUUUAUUUGCUUAUUGACUUGCAAUGCAUCUAUAGUCUGUUGAUCCCUUCCUGGUUCCUGCUCAACAAGUGGAUUACUUUUAAGUGUUCGUGUUCAAUAGUAAUUAACCAGUGCUAAAGACUUCCAUUACUUUUAAACAUUGUGU